CACCUCCGUGUGAUGUUGCGCUGCUGUUUUUUGGCUUCUAUGUUAUUAUUGUUAUUUUAGUGAAUGUCACAUGGUUUCAUCAUGAAACGACUGGAUUCCUCUACUUUAUUUUGCUUGUUGCUUUGUGUCACAGGGUUGCCAGCUAGCCGGUGCGCUCACAGCAAAUAUGCACAGAAGCUCCUGACCGAUCUGUUCGCCAACUACACGAGUGCGCUGAGGCCGGUGCAGGACACCGACGACAUACUGAACGUCACGCUGCAGGUCACGCUAUCGCAAAUUAUCGACAUGGACGAGCGAAACCAAAUUCUGACCGCUUACUUGUGGAUAAGGCAAGUCUGGCUGGAUGCACAUCUUAAAUGGAGUAGAGACGACUACGAUGGCCUCGAUACCAUCCGUAUACCUAGCAGUUAUGUAUGGAGACCUGAUAUUGUCCUAUAUAACAACGCUGAUGACCACUUCACGGGUUCCAUGGACACCAACGUGGUGAUCCGCCAUGACGGUCAGAUCACAUGGGACUCGCCGGCCAUCACCAAAAGCUCCUGCAAAGUGGACGUGUCUUUUUUUCCCUUUGAUGCUCAGCAGUGCAGGUUCACAUACGGUUCCUGGACCUACAACGGCAACCACUUGGACAUCCUGAACGCAAUGGAGAGCGCCGACCUUGCAGACUUGGUGGACAACGUGGAAUGGGAGGUGCUGGGAAUGCCGGCCAAGCGGAAUGUGAUUCUUUACGGAUGCUGCGCCGACCCGUACCCGGAUAUCACCUACACCUUGAAACUCAAAAGAAGGGCGUCAUUUUAUGUCUUCAACUUAUUGAUACCCUGCGUCAUGAUCUCGUUCCUGGCUCCUCUGGGUUUCUACUUACCUGCUGACUCCGGAGAGAAGGUGUCGUUGGGUGUUACGGUGAUGCUGGCGCUGACUGUGUUUCAGCUGUUGGUUGCGGAGAUCAUGCCGCCAUCGGAGAAUGUACCGCUCAUUGGAAAGUACUACAUCGCCACCAUGACCAUGAUCACAGCCUCCACGGCUUUGACUAUCUUCAUCAUGAAUAUCCACCACUGCGGCCCGGACGCCAAACCAGUCCCCAUGUGGGCCAAGAAGGUCAUUCUACAGUACUUGGCGAGAAUAUGUUUCGUUUAUGAAGUCGGCGAGAACUGCUUGUCUACUCGGGAUGCUUCAGUAGUGAACCGCAACAUGAACGGCCGAGUGGGGGCCUCCAUGGAGGACCGUACGUUUGUAACGGAAAGGGGGCACGAGGAAGCCGGCUUGGAUCAACUCAUGAGUCCUGAUGAGUCCUCGAUGGGCGUCAACCCUACUAAUCACUUCAACUUCUGGAAAAAUGGUGCGUUUGUGAGUCCUGAUUGUGAGGAUUCGGCCGCCGGGAUGAGAUACCGGAAAGGCGGAGUCAGCGAAGUCAAUAAAGACGAGAGAUUGCUGAUUCUGCCCAACGUUGAGUACAUCGCCAACUACUACAAAGAGCAGAGGGCCACCCAGAAGAGGACUGGGGAGUGGAAGAAGGUGGCCAAGGUUUUAGAUCGCUUCUUCAUGUGGUUGUUCUUCAUUAUGGUCUUUUUCAUGAGUCUUCUCAUCAUCGGGAAAGCCGUCUGAAUCCCAGUUAUUCAUAAUCCCGAAAAAUCCUUUCCAGAUGCUGGAACUGCUCCAAUGAACGCCACGAAUUCUCCGAUUCACGAGUCUCCAGAUGCAUGGUUUCCAAAAGCACUCAGGAGCUUCAUCUACCUCACUUAUGUAUAUUUGUUGUCUUAAUGCUGACUGAGCAAUUUACCGCUACUAACCUUUCCACUUUCUCAUGCAUACUACAUUAUUAUUAUUAUUAAAGUCAUUCCAAUCGCCCGCUUCCAAUUAAUGUCUCUUGUAUUUGAGCAUUUAUGGUAUUUUUUUCUAUAGAGGACAAUGGACGGCUUUCACCAUCUUUAAUGUUUAACCCUUGGAUGCAUAAGUGGGUCAAAAAUGACCCGGUCAGGUUGUUUUCUUGAAAUAUCUUCAUAAUGAAAAUUUUUUAUCAUUUCAUAUUCCUAGUAUUCCUCAAAAAACAUGUUUUUAAUAUCAUGCCUAACACAUUUUAACUUAACUUUUAUGCAUUUUAAGAAAUUUUAAGAAAUCUUAAAUAAGUGGGUCAAAAAUGACCCGGUCAGUUUGUUUUCUUGAAAUAUCUUCAUAAUGAAAAUUUGUUAUCAUUUCAUAUUCCAGGUAUUCCUCAAAAAACAUGUUUUUGAUAUCAUGCCAUUCAUAUUUUUAACUUAUCUUUUAUACAUUUUAAGAAAUUUUCGUUUUUGUGUUACUACCCCAACCUUCCAUAAGUGGGUCAAAAAUGACCUGGUCAGGUUGUUUUCUUGAAAUAUCUUCGUAAUGAACAUUUCUUUAUCAUUUCAUAUUCCUAGUAUUCCUCAAAAAACAUAUUUUUGAUAUCAUGCCAUUCACAUUUUUAACUUAACUUUUAUGCAUUUUAAGAAAUUUUAAGAAAUCUUCCUUAAGUGGGUCAAAAAUGACCCGGUCAGGUUGUUUUCUUGAAAUAUCUUCGUAAUGAAAAUUUUUUAUCAUUUCAUAUUCCAGGUAUUCCUCAAAAAACCUAUUUUUGAUAUCAUGCCAUUGACAUUUUUAACUUCCCUUUA